GAGAUCGGAGCGGGCAGCGCAGCCGUGCCCGCCCCGCCAGCAUGGCCACCACCGCCCCCUGCACCCGCUUCACCGACGACUACCAGCUCUACGAAGAGCUCGGCAAGGGCGCUUUCUCUGUGGUCCGAAGGUGUGUCAAGAAAACCUCCACUCAGGAGUAUGCAGCAAAAAUCAUUAACACCAAGAAGCUAUCAGCCCGAGAUCACCAGAAGUUAGAACGGGAGGCCCGAAUAUGCCGGCUCUUGAAACACCCAAACAUUGUGCGCCUCCAUGACAGUAUUUCUGAAGAAGGGUUCCACUACCUCGUCUUUGACCUCGUUACCGGCGGGGAACUGUUUGAAGACAUUGUAGCCAGAGAGUACUACAGUGAAGCCGAUGCCAGCCACUGUAUUCAUCAGAUCCUAGAGAGCGUCAACCACAUUCACCAGCAUGACAUCGUGCAUCGUGACCUCAAGCCUGAGAACCUUCUGCUGGCGAGUAAAUGCAAGGGUGCUGCUGUCAAACUAGCUGACUUUGGACUGGCCAUUGAGGUGCAGGGAGAUCAGCAGGCUUGGUUCGGCUUUGCUGGUACGCCAGGGUAUCUGUCCCCUGAAGUCUUGAGGAAAGAUCCCUAUGGAAAACCUGUGGAUAUCUGGGCCUGUGGCGUGAUCUUGUAUAUACUUCUGGUGGGAUAUCCUCCCUUCUGGGAUGAGGAUCAGCAUAAGCUGUAUCAGCAGAUCAAAGCUGGAGCCUAUGACUUUCCAUCACCAGAGUGGGACACUGUGACCCCUGAAGCCAAGAACUUAAUCAACCAGAUGCUGACAAUAAAUCCUGCCAAGCGUAUCACAGCUGACCAAGCACUGAAACACCCAUGGGUCUGUCAACGUUCUACAGUGGCCUCAAUGAUGCACCGGCAGGAAACUGUGGAAUGUUUGAGAAAAUUCAAUGCCCGGAGAAAGCUGAAGGGUGCCAUCCUCACAACAAUGUUGGUUUCCAGGAAUUUUUCAGCUGCCAAAAGCCUGUUGAACAAGAAGUCAGAUGGAGGUGUGAAGAGCAACAACAAAAACAGUCUCGUAAGCCCAGUCCAAGAGCCUGCGCCAUUGCAGACGGCCAUGGAACCCCAAACCACCGUGGUACACAAUGCAACAGACGGGAUCAAGGGCUCCACAGAAAGCUGUAACACCACCACUGAAGAUGAAGAUCUCAAAGCUGCCCAGCUCCGCACUGGGGAUCGCAGCAGCUUGGGGUCUGAUGGACGGAGCCCCCGGGACAGAACAGCCCCCUCAGCAGGCAUGCAGCCCCAGCCUUCUCUCUGCUCCUCAGCCACCGCUCGCUCCUGUGAGGAAAGGCUUAUGGCCUGGGACGGGCCAGGGCUCCCAUCAGGGUUAGCACGUGCUCAAUCCGAGCCCUCCCUCACUCUCGUGGUGCCUUUCGCUCAUAGUGGCGCUCCGUUUCGAAAACAAGAGAUAAUUAAGAUCACGGAGCAGCUGAUUGAAGCCAUCAACAAUGGGGAUUUUGAUGCCUACACGAAGAUCUGUGAUCCUGGCCUCACCUCCUUCGAGCCUGAGGCACUCGGCAACCUGGUGGAGGGGAUGGACUUCCAUAAAUUUUACUUUGAGAAUCCCCAGCCCUGCUCUGAUGCCAUCACUCAUCCAUCUCCAUAUCAGUUUCCAUCCCUGUCCCCAGUAUUCCAGCUGUGCAAAGUACUGUCUAAGAACAGCAAGCCCAUCCACACUACCAUCCUGAACCCUCACGUGCAUGUCAUUGGCGAAGACGCUGCCUGUAUCGCCUACAUACGCCUUACCCAGUACAUCGAUGGCCAGGGCCGGCCUCGGACCAGCCAGUCUGAGGAGACCAGGGUCUGGCAUCGCCGUGAUGGCAAAUGGCUCAACGUGCACUACCACUGCUCGGGGGCCCCUGCUGCCCCGCUGCAGUGAGCUCUCCCACAGCAGUGCUGUUAGGAGAUUCUCAGCCAGAGGUCAAACCUUCGCAGCCAGCGGCUCUGGAGGGCCUGAGUGACAGCGGCAGUCAUGUUCGUUUGAGGUUUAAAAACAAUUAAAAUUACAAAGCGGCAGCAACCAAUGCACGCCCCUGCAUGCAGCCCGCCUGCCCAUCGUGUCUGUCUCUGCUGUACCGAGGUGUUUUUUACAUUUAAAAAAAAAGAAAAAAGAAAAAAAGAUUGUUUAAAAAAAAAAAGGAAUCCAUACCGCUGAUCAUGUUUUAAAACCACCUGCAGCCCCCCUGGGCUGGCAAGAGGGCGCAAGUUUGAGCAGCAGGCUCGUCUACCUGGCAGUGCAUGAGCCCAGGUUUGCAACCCCCAUGGACUCUGGGGGGGCCAGGCAGGAACUCUUGACACUGACCCUGCUGGAGGCCACAAAAGCAACUUGGGCAGGGUCACCUGGAUCUCUGCAGCCCCUGAGGUGGCUUGCCCAGCCUUGGGUCCUGGGAACGGACUUCUUCAGAGUCUGCACAUGAGCCCAGGAGGAGGGCCAAAGCAGCAACAGGUCAUGAGAUGGCUAAUGCUUGGAGCUUAUUUUUCUUUUCCCUGGGGGGAAGAUGGCCUUAUCCCCAGGCAGCUACCAUUGCAAAGGCAGCACCAAAAAGCAGUGGCUCCAAGAUGGAGGGCUCGUGGGUAGGGUUUUACUGUACUGUUCCACUUAGUGUAGAUGGGAGACUUGGUGCUGCAGAAAUUUGUCCACUAGGAAGCAGGCAGAAACCUGGUGUUAGUCUGACAUAUAUGUCCCUCAUCCAUCCAUUUCUAGAGGAUGCACAACCAAGCAUGGGUCUGGGUACCAAGGCCUGGGCCCCCAGCUGGGAAGGGGUAGGGGCUGCCACCUUGUUUGUUCUAGUGUGACUUAGCCAGGAUGGAGCCCAGGGCCUGCCACUCCCCCUGUAGCCUUGGGCAUUUCUGUUUCUGUGCUGACUUCAGUCGUCUUUGUCUUGCUUUUUUUCAUGGUGAUGGCCCCAAUUCCAAACCCCAUCUGGGCCUGGGGCCCUGCGGAGCACCCUAGUGGGAAUGGGAGAAGUGGGACUGUUCAUCUUGUUUUCUCUCCAGAGUUGGCUUGUCUGACUCUUGCCUAGGUGUCCCUGUUUCAAGAGGCCUCUCUACUGACCAACAGAGGCUCAGAAUUGCUGCUGGAGUCUUGCAUGGGCCUUCACCUUCCUCUACCCUGCAUGCACCCCAAAAAAGGAGGUGCCCAGGGCCACGGCUGCCCUCAAAUCAAUUUUCCUUCCUGUUCUCAGGGGGUUCUGCUGCCACAAGGGAGGGAAGGCAGGAAGAAGGAAAGGUGCUUGAGGACAAAUUGGUCAUAUGCCAGGGUCCUCUGCACAAAUACCUACCUACCUAUACCUUUCCAGGGAAGGUGGGCAGGUCCAGAGUCCCUGGAGUGCCUUCAGAGUAUGAAGUAUAGUGAGAAGGGGCAGGAGAGGAGCUAAAAGCCCCAAAAGGACAGGUGUGAGAGCUUCAGUUGGAUUUGGUCAGAGUCAAUGGAGCACGGUGUGCAUGCCCACCCUCUGGGCCCCAGGCCCCCUUUUCUUUCCUGUAUUCUGCAUUGCCAGCACGCAGACAACUUCACAACAUGGUUUGGUUUUGCAGUCUUUUGAGACAAUGGUCUUUGAAACCCAUAGCUUGAUAUCAGCUGCUCGAGCCCCACCUCUCCUUAGCAUUCUUACUCUCCUCUCCUGGGGCUAAUGUCAGCAUCUAUAGAAUUUAGAUUAUUAAAAAAAAAAAAAAUCACCUUUUAAACAGGAAAUGGAAGGCAUUUGAUGCAGAAUUUUUGCAUGAUGACAUAGAAUAAUUUAAAAACUAGCUAGUGUUUGUUCUGAAUGUUGGUAGACCCUUCAUAGCUUUGUUACAAUGAAACCUUGAACUGAAGAUAUUUAAUAAAAUAACAUUUAAACAG